AUAAGGGCGGGAGCGAGCGCGGCACCGGGACACGCGGGGACAGCGGCACCUCCCUGCCCUCCCUUCCAUCCCUUCCAUCCACCCACCCAGCCAUCCAACCGGCCACCCAUCGCUGCCCGGCCAUGGUGAACCUGCGGGUGUGCGCGCUGGAGUGCGAGGCGCUGCGGGCGCUGCUGCAGGAGCGCGGCGCGCAGUGCCUGGUGCUGGACUGCCGCUCCUUCUUCUCCUUCAACGCCGCGCACAUCCGCGGCUCCUGCAACGUCCGCCUCAGCACCAUCGUGCGGCGCCGCGCCAAGGGCGCCCUGGCCCUGGAGCACGUCGUGCCCAACGAGGAGCUCCGCGCCCGCCUGCGCCAGGGGCUCUUCCACACCGUGGUGCUGCUGGACGAGCGCAGCGCCGACCUGGAGGCGCCCAAGCGCGACAGCACCAUGCUGCUGGCGCUCGGCACCCUCUGCCGGGAGGCCCGCGGCGCCCGCAUCUGCUUCCUCAAGGGUGAGUGGCACCGGGGAGCCGGGCCGGGUGGCCCCGCGGAGGGCACCGGGGAGCCGGGCCGGGUGGCCCCGCGGAGGGCACCGGGGAGCCGGGCCGGCUCGCCCCGCUGUGCCCCCCGUCCCGGCCGUGCGCUCACCUCUCCCCGCUCUGCCCCCGCAGGAGGUUACGAAGCCUUCGCGUCCGCCUGCUCCGAGCUCUGCACGAAGCCGGCCGCCCCCGCCGGGCUCAGCCUGCCCCUGAGCGCCAGCCCCGCGCCCGGCAGCGCCGACUCGGGCUGCAGCUCCUGCGGGACCCCGCUCUACGACCAGGGCGGGCCCGUGGAGAUCCUGCCGUUCCUGUACUUGGGAAGCGCCUAUCACGCCUCCCGCAAGGACAUGCUGGACGCUUUGGGCAUCACGGCGCUGAUCAACGUCUCGGCCAACUGCCCCAACCACUUCGAGGGGCACUACCAGUACAAAAGCAUCCCCGUGGAGGACAACCAUAAGGCGGAUAUCAGCUCCUGGUUCAACGAGGCGAUCGAUUUCAUCGACUCGGUGAAGAACGAGGGAGGAAGGGUCUUUGUGCACUGCCAGGCUGGCAUUUCCCGCUCCGCCACCAUCUGCCUCGCUUACCUCAUGAGGACCAACAGAGUCAAACUGGACGAAGCCUUCGAGUUUGUCAAGCAGAGGAGGAGCAUCAUCUCCCCGAAUUUCAGCUUCAUGGGGCAGCUGCUGCAGUUCGAGUCGCAGGUGCUGGCCCCCAACUGCUCGGCAGAAGCGGGGAGCCCCGCCAUGGCCGUGCUGGACAGGGGGGCAUCCACCACCACGGUCUUCAACUUCCCCGUCUCCAUCCCGGUGCACACCACGUCCAGUGCUUUGAGCUACCUUCAGAGCCCCAUCACCACUUCCCCCAGCUGCUGAAAAAGCAGGUGAAGAAGGUGGCCAGGACUCAGACUUGCUGUCUCAGAGGUGCAAUAAGGGCAGGGACGGUGGCGCUCGUGUUUUGUGGGGAGCUGUUGGCGUGUCCAUGGAGAGGAGCUCGCCCAUGCCACAGGAACCAGGUGUUUCUGACUUCUCAAGCAAAUGUCUGGAUGUCUGCACAGAGAUCAAAGGACAUUGGCUCUUCCUGAGCUGUCCCUCCUUGUCUUCUGUCUGUCCCAAGCCUGCUCCAUGUUUAGUAGCAUGCUCACCAGUAUUCCCAUUCCUGGACACUUUGAGCAACACUGAUGCUGUCCCCUUUUAUAAGACAGUCCUAUUUAUUUAUUUUUACAUUAGUGCAUUGUUGUUGGGUUUUUUGUUUUUUUUUUUUUGCCUUCACACACGUAAAGUUUCAGUUCUAGAGAAACCAAAUACCUCAGUAUUUUUUGGUACAAUAAUCCUGUGUGUGUAUCUGUCAGCUCUUCCUGUUUCCCAAGUACUGACAUGAAAGCACCAGGCGAGUGCUUUUUUUUUUUUUUGAGUUGCCAAGGGGUUGUAUGUUUGCCGAUUUAUUUAUGAUGUGAAAUAAUAUAUUUCUUCUUAUGAAGACUUAGUUUUGUUACAUGAUUAUAACCUUUUUUAUACCAAAUGGAAUAAAUUAUGAUAUUUCUAUUCAUCUGGAUGAUAUAUUCUUUAAAAUACUGCAUUUCACAGUCCCAAAACUCAUGUGAAGCUCCAGGGUGUAGAGCUGUAAUUUUCAGCUCUUCUGGCCUCGGGUCUUGACUGAGAAAAAUGGGUUUAAGCACCAUAAUUGACUAGAAACUACUGCAGGUUCUUAACCUGAGCUUUUCUUUGUCCCCGUGUAAUUGUGUGCAGUGGCAGGGAGCCAAGGCUGGCUGCUCAGCUGGGAGUGGAUUUGGCUGUAACAGUUAGAACCAGCUGAGACUUGGGCACUGGGCUACACUCAAUUUAAAAUAGUCCUUCUCCUAAGAAGGAGGAAUAAGCUUCCUUAUUCCUUGUUUACUUCUAAUGCUUGAAAGGUUAAGUCUAAAAAUUAACCUGUUAGUAACAGAUCUCUAAGGCUUGGCACAAACUCACAGAGUGUUUUUUCUUUUUCUGUCCCACCUCCUUAAAUCCUUUUUGCGACUCAAACUGCCCCUGAUGCCUGCAGUGAGGUAUUUGGCUGGCUGGGCUGUCUCUGUAAACAAACCAGGGCAUGACAAGGGAUCAGGUAACCAGCAGCUCACCCAUUUUCUUACCCAGACCCAAAUAAAUUCUUUCCUGCUGGAGAUUAUCACUA